CUAUCUUGCAUUGUGAAAUUGGACAAGCCCACUCUCCAAGCACAAACCUGUCAAGCUAGACUAGGUCGUUCGAAAUACUGCCUUCCAAGCAAAAGAUGGUUAAGCAAAAGAUUGUUCUCAAGUUGCCGUUGGAUGGCGAGAGGAACAAGAGGAAGGCCUUCAAGGCCGCUGUUGGCAUGGCAGGUGUGACAUCCGCCACGAUGGAGGGGGACAAGAUCAUCAUCGUGGGCGACGGCAUCGACACGAUCGCGCUGACGAGGAUGCUCCGGCGCAGCCUAGGCGGCGCCGAGCUCAUCAGCGUGUCUUCUGGAGAUGACAAGAGGAAAGACGGCUACGGGUAUGGGGGAGAAAAGAACGGCUAUGGAUACGGCGGGGAAAAGAACGGCUACGGAGGAGCUGGCGGUGGCAAGGACUCCAAGGGUGGCGGCGGCUACCAUCAGAACGCGGUGAUGCCGAUGCAGUACCCCGCGUACCAUCAGUACAACGCCAUGCCGUCUUACCCUGCCUACUCCUACCCUGCUCAUGCUUAUCAGCAACAAGAACAGGAUCCCGGAUGCAGCAUAAUGUAGGCGUCGAGAAGAGAAGAGCUGGCAUAUUUCGAUAAAAAAAACCUCAAGUCUCGAGUUCAGGACAGACUAGAAGGCCUGACCUGAUCAAGCGAACCACCAAGAAGCCAGAGAUGUGUUGGAUGCUUGAGCUGGCUGCAUGUAUGCAGUUUAUGACUUUAUGUACAUAUAGCUUGUAAAAUUAUCAGUAGUGCUCGUUUGUAAGUUCAGCAUUUCA